GGAGUGACAUGUCAUGAUGACUUUGACGAAUGCAACCUUGGAGAUCCAUGUCAUCAUCGUGGAAGUUGUCUAAAUACUAUCGGAAGCUAUAGAUGUAAAUGCUUUGAUGGAUGGUUAGGUGAAGACGAACACUGUGGCAAAAUAGAUAAUUCAACUUCUUUUCGCAAGUGUGCCACGGGUUAUAUGGGAGAAUGGUGUGAGGACUUGUGCUUGACCAAUUCAUCAUGCCGACAAAACGGGGUAUGUCAGAAACGUGGAAGAGGUCUCCGAUGUAUUUGUUCACCUGGAUGGAUAGGUCGCAAUUGCACAACUGACGUUAAUGAAUGCUCUCGUAAUCCAUGCAAAAAUACAGCAAUGACAUGCAUCAAUAUCCCGGGAUCGUUUGACUGUCAAUGCUUCAAAGGAUGGGAAGGAAUAAACUGCGACAGUGAUAUCAACGAAUGUAAAUCAUCUGCAGGAAUAACAUACACUAUUGUUGGAUCUGCCAUCCUGAUUAUUCUGUUGGUAUGCAGCAUCGCGACACUUGCUGGAAUUCAAACAUAUAAGAGCAAUCAUAGACAAGUUGAUACUGAAGUUAUUGAACUCACCAUGGAGAAGAAGCAGAUGCAGCUGAAAAUAUUUAACCGACGAUAUAAUUACCAAAGACAGGAGCCACAUAAUCAUAAAGAAAAUCUCAAAGAUUACACGCAUAGGAUGCGCGAGCAUCAAACAACAAAAGACAUGGGACGAAAAGAAAUUGAGCUUGAUGAAAAUCUCGAUUUAGAGAACUUCAAUGCAAAAUCGCGACACGAAGACAGUCAGGGAAAUCAUGAUCAUGGGCAUCAUGUAAGAAACAUGGAGCAAGUAGAAUCCCGGCCACACAUAAAUGAUCAUCAACUGUGUCAAGAGCACGUGAAUCUACAGUAUGAUUAUUAUAAGAAAACGGAAUUUUCACAGAAGAAAAAGAAACGCCGAUCUCGUCCAAUCUGGCAGUAUUAA